AUGGCCUAUCUGGGGGCCCACUUUGCCUUUAGAUCCCGUUGGAAAAAGACAGAUGAUGAGCUGUGUCGACAUAGCAUGUCCUUUAUCCUCCACAGGGCAAUCCGCAAUGACUUUUUUCAGAGUUACCUUUAUCUCCUGGAAAAACUUUCUCUGGUGAAACUCUAUGCUUUAACCAGCCAAGUCAUCAACGGUGAGAUGCAGUUCUAUGCCAGAGCAAAACUCUUCUACCGUGAAGUUCCUGCGACAGAAGAGGGGAUGAUGGGAGACUAUAUUGAGCUGUCUAACACAGACAUCCAGGCCUCCCGGGAAUUUCUUAGGAAGUUUGUUGGGGGUCCUGGGAAAGCAGGUACUGACUGUGCCUUGGACUGUGGUUCUGGGAUAGGAAGGGUCAGCAAACAUGUUUUGUUGCCAGUUUUCAACAGUGUAGAAUUGGUGGACAUGAUGGAAACCUUCUUAGCUGAAGCCCAGAAUUACCUACAAGCCAAAGGUGACAAAGUGGAAACUUAUCACUGCUCUAGCCUUCAGGAAUUCACACCUGCCCUCAGAAAAUAUGAUGUCAUUUGGAUUCAGUGGGUUUCUGGGAACCUGACUGAUAAAGACCUCCUUGAGUUUCUUUCUCGCUGUUGUGAAGGUCUGAAGGAAAACGGUAUCAUCAUCUUGAAGGACAACGUGGCCCGCCAAGGUUGUAUCUUUGAUUCAUCUGAUAGUAGCGUCAUCCGCGACAUGGACAUUCUCCAGAGCCUCAUUCACAAGAGUGGGCUGGUAGUUCUGAGGGAAGAGAAACAAGAGGAUUUUCCAGAGCAAUGUGUGCCAGUGUGGAUGUUUGCUCUGCGAAGAAAGGUGAUUCCUAGGAUCACAGAAUGAGAGUUGACAAGGACCUUAGAUCUGUACCUGACUAAUCAUCCACCCUGCUGUUUUACAUUAAAAUAAACCAAAGCCCAGAGAAAUUAAGUGAUUAACUCAAAGUCAUAGUAGCAGAAUGGAAAUUCAAAUUCAGGUUCCAUGAUUCUAAGGUCAGCAUUCAUCAUUUUAUAUGUACCAUAUUGCCUAUCUAAUCAGCAAAAUGAGAGGUUGCGGGCCUGUAUAGUAUUUGGAAAUGGAAGUGUAGGAAGUGAGAUUUUAAAAGUCUGUUAGAAUUCAAUUCACCUCAGUAUACAAUUUUUCACUUUCUGUAUUUCAUGUAUGUGGUUUUUUUUCCCUUUGGGUCUAUGUCUUUUUUAAAUGAUAUGAUUAAUACGGUUUUGGACAAUUGAAUAUGUAUAACUCAUAUCAAAUUUAUUAUAGUCUCAGGGUGGG